ACGUUGUUGACAGUUCGACAAUUUUGUCAAACAAUAAGCGUACAUCGUAGAAGCAAAAAACUAUGGCUUUAAGUUAUUUCACAGAAAGUGAAGCCCCGAGAGACUUUCGAAUAUCGUCCACGGAGAGUGAAGGACAUUACACAAAGUGCCUACUAUGUUAUACUGUGAAGAAAAACUUCUACUGCCCGGAUUGCAUUCGUGCGGGCAACUUCGUACAUUCAUCGAUGCCUUAUGCAGACAGAUUCUCAGAGAAACAAGGCAAGCUGUUACGUCUGAAAGCAAACAGGAAGCACAUCCUCGACCGCUGCGAGAAGCUGAUGGCCGGCAAGUUGAAGAGGGACAGCUUAAUAACAGAGGCCAAACAGUCACGAGACAAGCUGGACCUUCUGCGGCUCGCCAUCGAGCAACGGAGGAAUGGGCUUGAUGAGAAGAGGAAACAGUUGACGGAGCUCACACAACUUAACAAUGAGCUAAGGUUAAAGCUCCCCCGCUACCAGAAGCGCGUGUCGCACCUGGCGGCGCACGCGGCGGCGCAGAGGCUGGAGCUGCACACGAGACACAACGCCUGCGCCGACAAAAACGCUGCCCUGGCGGCGCUGCGGAGAGAAAGAGUGCGGCAGCUCAACAAAUAUAUAUUCCCCGUCUACAUCAGUUUAGAUACCAGUGACAGUAUAGAAGACAUGGAGUUCCUGGGAGGAGAGCCCGAGGAAGAGCCCCCGACGCGCACACAACUACACAUCGUGUCGCCCUGGCUGUGCGCGGACGGCGACCACUCGCACGUGAUCACCUGGGCGAAACAGAACAAAGAAGCGUCAUUGACGGCGGAGCCGGCAGACAACCCCCUGCAUCGCACGGUAGCGGCGUUAGGGCUGGCGGCGCAGCUCGUGGCGCUGCUGGCGUGGACGCUAGACGCGCGGCUGCCGCACGCGCUCACGCUCAGCGAGUACUGCAACUGGCGCGUGUCGGAGGCGGGGCUGCGCGCGCGCGUGCUCCGCUUGUGCGCGGGCGCGGGGGCGCUGUGCGCGCGCGCGGGCCGCCCCGCGCCCCCGCCGCCGCAGCUGGUGUCGGAGGCGGGCCGGCCCCCCCCCCCGCCGCCGCAGCUGGGCGCGCUGGCCGCGCUCGCCGCCGCCGCCGCCGCCGACGACCCCGCGCUGGGACGGUACCUGUCGGAGGCGGGCCGCCCCCCCCCCCCGCCGCCUCAGCUGGGCGCGCUGGCCGCGCUCGCCGCCGCCGCCGCCGCCCACGACCCCGCGCUGGGACGGUACCGUGACUAUAUCUAUGUCUAG